ACUUGAGGUUGCCAUGGCAGGGCGUCGAUCGACAGUGGCAAAAGACUAGGCGUGGAUUGGGGGAAUAUGAACCGCUAAAUGUCCCCUUUUCACUUUGUAUUUUAGCCGUGGAGAGACUACUUUUGUUAACGUAAGAUAAACAGCUUGUUUGUUUCCACAUGAAGCCGAAGACCACCAACAGCAGGAAGAAACCAGGAUAAUCGCGAACCUUUCAGCGAACCUAACGUUAAUCCGUGGAGAGAAAAGUCAAGCUAGUUAGCUAACAUUAGCUGGGUUGUUGCAGAAGCCAUUUUCCCUACUUCAGAGCAUAUCGUGAAGUCGGAUACAUGGAAACGUCCAAGUAGCUUUAAAGACUUCCUCAUAAGGUCGUGUCUGCAGUGGUGCCAUGGAUUCCCCAAACACACCCCACUCCUAUGAGGAUAACAGAGAGACUGAAAAGAGCCAGCUGUCCCACAGAAGCAUCGGCAAGAACUCAGAUGCUUCCCUCAAAAGCCAGCCAGGCAAGAACAAGAACAAGAACAAGGACAGGAGUUACAAUGAGAGUGUCACCAGUGAGCGGGCUAGGACCAGAACACGGGACCCCGACCACGACCGCAUCUCGGACUAUGAGAAGAACAGUGACAACUACUACUCAGACGAGUAUGAGAACCUGUCACCAUCUGACCGCUCUCGCUCUCUAUCUCCCUGCUCGCGCUCCCCAUCGCCUAGCCCACGGAAAGUGGGCAGGGUCAACCAGAUCUCCAGCAGGCCGCUGCACAGAAAAGCCUUGCAGAGAGGGGGAUCCAAGCCACCGCGGGCGGGAGGACAGCAGCGGUGGGGCGUGCACUCCCAGAGCCUCAACAAAGACUCCUCCCCCAAGGACCUGGACCUGGUGACCAAGCGCGUGCUGUCGGCGCGGCUGCUGAAGAUCAACGAGCAGCGCAACGAGCUGACGGAGCUGCAGCUGCGCCUGGACCAGCUGCAGAAGGAGAACAAGGUGCUGCGGCAGCUCCAGCACCGCCAGGAGAGGGCGCUCAACAAGUUCGAGGACACGGAGAACGAGAUCGCCCAGCUCAUCUCCCGCCACAACAACGAGGUGCACGUGCUGCGGGAGCGGCUGCGGCGGGCCCAGGAGCGCGAGCGCGCCACCGACCGGCGGCUGAAGGACGCCGAGGAGGAGCUGCACCGCAGCAAGGCGGCGCUGCAGAAGCUGCGCAGGCUGGCCGAAGACCGGCAGCUGGGCGAGAGGGAGGAGCUGGCCCGCAAGGCGGCGCAGGCCCAGGGGCGCCUGCAGGACAGCGAGCGCAGGGUCAAGGACCUGGAGCGGAACAUGGAGCUGAGCAGCAGCAGCUUCCAAAGGCAGCUGGCCGCAGAGAGGAAGAAGACGCACGAGGUGCAGGAAGAAGUCAAAAACCUCAGAGAGGAGCUGGAGCGUGUGACCCAAAAACUCAAGGAAAAGGAGAGGGAACUUGACACAAAGAACAUCUAUGCUAACCGAAUGGGGAGAGCUCCACCUAAAAAAGAGACAGACAACAGCACGAAGAAAAAAGGACUGUCCUAUGAGAGUCCCUCCAGUACCUCUAGUAAAGGAGUGCAGACUGAGGACACUACGCCAUCUGUGGAAUUUCCAACACCCCCUCCAGCCGUAACUGAUGGGCCUGAGUACGCCAGAGAGGAUGACUAUCUUUCACUGAAGAUAUUUCAGGGUGGGAGGAGAAGCCCCUCUUCUUCAAUACCUGUCGGGACCCCACAGCACACGAGCACCAAGGAGCUGCAGGAGAGGGAGAGGACGCCGAAGGCUGCAGAGGACGAUUGGCACGAGGUGGAGAGGGAGAGGAGCGAAAGCGAGGAGAAGCGGCAGGAACCACGCACACGUGACAAGAAGGCCGCGAGACCGCAAGAUGGGAAGAGGGAGGAGGACAGGAAAGGGCAUGGUCGAACAGUGGUCCAGAAGGAGGAAGAAAACAGGAAGAGGCGGGGCCUGAGUCCAUUCCGGGUGCACCAGGAACCAGCGGAGGAGAAAAAGGAAGUCGAUGAAGAACUAAAUCUAGAGAAGAUGGAGGAGGAGAGGCAGAGGAAGGAGCAGCUUCUAGCCAAGAUGCGGGAGAUCGACCAGCAGGCCCAGAAUACAGAGCUCCUCUCAGAUAAUGUUGAGUCCAGAGCGGCCAAGUCUCCCCAAUGGCUCUCCGAGACAAAGAACCAGCACUCAUCCACCUUCGACUUCCCUGAGCCUGUGGAAAACCUCCAUAAAGGUCUGCCCUCACAGGGCAGUGGAGAUUCCCUGAAAAAGCUCGGUUCAGGAUGGAGAGGCCUCAAGCCACAGACCUCCAAUGAAGACCUCUCGUUUGGGAGCUAUGCACCCUCCUUCGGCAGGCCAUCAAGAAGGGGGGGGGCAGCAAACCAGAGGGUCGAUGGGGCUGAGGAGAAACGCAAGGACAACCUGGAUGUGGGUGUCAGAAAGGAGAAGAAGUCCAACCUGAUGCAGCAGCUCUUUGGAGCCAGCAUCAAAGCUGAUACCUCCAGCAAAAUGGAGGUCCUGAGCCCUCCACCCACCCGCAAACCCUCCCAGCAGAACGGCAGCCCCUUCCCCUGGGAAUCCAGCAAGAAGAAAGAGAGCUUUUUCUCAUCUAAUGGCAGUAAGGCCACCAGCUCUGACAAGAGUCCUCUGCAGGUGGCUGAAAACAGGCCCACAGUUAGGGCCAUUAGUUCCUUUGACGAAGACAUUGAGGAGGUCACCCUUUAAAUAGCAUUCUGCUUUUAAGUAUAUUCUGUCAUAAUGUAUCUUAUCUCUGAACAAUCACUAAGUAUAUACAUGUCAAUAGGAAUUAAAUAAUUUCACCAUCCUUGCAUGCAGAAAAAGUGAUGAAUGAGGUUCUAUUUAUGUGCUCCUAAUAGCACUUAGCCUGAAUAAAAUUUAAAUUAGGCAGCCAUCGUAAAAGUUGAUCUCACAAUUUGCAAUUUCUGCGCAACCUUCCUUCCUUCAC